CAGUCCAACCCUUUUAAGUCUCCCUCAAGAUUUAAAUUUGUGCGUUCAAUAAAAUCAAAAUGUUUGCGGCUCUUGUACUUCCUGAGGAACUUAUAAUGGAAAUUCUAUCAUUCAUUCCAGUAAAAGCUCUAAUGCGAUUUAGGUGUGUCUCUAAGCCUUGGAAUUCCUCCAUGUUUACUCCUACAUUUGUUAAAUUGCAUUAUCAAAGAUCUUCUAGAAACACUCAUGUCUUAAUAGAAUCAAAGUAUGCUAUCUCAUCAUGUUCUUUACAUCACUUGUUGGAGGAACCAUCCUCUGUUAUCAAACCUGGACGCGAAAUAGCAGAAAACAAUUAUAAUGUCUCAAUGGUCUGCAAAGGGUUGGUUUGUAUGCUCUCUUUUGAUUUUCUUUAUAAAGAAUAUCUUGAAUUUUGGGUUCAACUUUGGAACCCGGCCACUAGGCUCAUGUCUGAAGAAUCGCCACGUUUUCGUAUUUGUGAAAAAAAUGGUAAAUUUGAUGUGUCUAAUCAAAGGUAUGGGUUUGGGUACAAUGAUCAAAGUGACAUUUUCAAGGUGGUGGUAGUCCUUUUCAAUACUGAAGCACAACAGAUGGAGGUGAUAUCUUAUUACUCAGGUGACAAAUGUUGGAAAAAGAUUUUAACUUUGUCUAAUUAUCCCAUUACGGGACAUGAAAUGAUUGGAGAGUUUAUGAGUGGAACUAUUAAUUGGUUGGUAGAUCGUCCUAAGUUGUGUUCCCAUCAUCAAGGCGAAACUAGUACCACCGAUCAAAUGGAAAUUUUAUCUUUUGAUAUGAAGAAUGAGACAUGCAUAUAUAUGUCGAUGCCUAGUCAUGUUGAUUCUGAGCCUAAUCUUAAGGUUCUAAAGGAUUAUUUGUGUCUUUAUUAUGAUCACAUGAAAACCCAUUUGGUUGUUUGGCUAAUGAAGGAAUAUGGAGUUGAUAAAUCUUGGACUCAAUUGAUGAAUAUAAGUUAUGAGCAUCUUCAAAUUCAUGUACCUAUUAAUUUAAAAGUAUUGUGCAGGCCUUUGUGCAUGUCUGAAGAUGAAGAUGUCCUGUUGCUAAAAAACUGUGAAUUUUUCUUUUUCAUUGUCUACAAUAAGAUAGAUAACAGAGUAAACCAUUUUGAUGAAGAUCAUUUAUCAUCUUUCCAUCAAUACGUUCCAAGUUUGUUUUUUCCAUAUUGGAAUUAAACUCUCUCCAUGUGCUUUUUGAUUUUCUUAUAUGAAUUUAUUUUAAAUUAUGUAAGAGGUUUCUAAGCCUUUCCAUUUAAUGUAUGAACAAGAUAAUUGGAUGAUUUUAUUGGCUAUUACUAU